GGAAAAAAAAGAAAGUGGGGGGAGUGAGGUUAUAAACAGGAGCUGCAGGAUGAUCCAGGUGUUAACACUGUACACCUGCAGGCUGAUGGUAACAUGGCUUUGCUGAAGUGCACACUCGGUCUCCUGAUCCUCCUCGUGGUCUCCGACUGCUCCUGGGCCAAAAAGAAGGAGCUGUCUGUCUCUGAGCUCCUGUGGAGGGCCAACAAGGAUGUUGUGCGCACCAAGGACGAUCCAUUAGUCAUAGAUGACAUUGCUUAUGGUGAUGUAACUGAGAGAAAUGCUGAUCCAUGCGUCAGACAAGGCUGCAAGUGGGAAAAAUCCAGAGAUGGAAAGGUGUAUGUGCCCUACGUCAUCUCCAGACAGUACUCUCCUCAUGAGCGCUCCGUCAUCGACCGUGGGCUGAAGUCCUUCAACUCAAACACCUGCAUUCGCUUUGUUCACAGAACAAAAGAAAGAGACUACCUGGACAUCCAGUCUGACGAAGGAUGUUACUCCUACGUCGGCCGCCAAGGUAACGCCCAGACGUUGUCUCUGGAGCGUCCUGGCUGUGUCCACCACAGCGUCAUUCAGCACGAGCUGCUCCACGCCCUCGGCUUCCACCACGAGCAGAGUCGCUCCGACAGAGACCAGCACAUCCGAGUCCUGUGGCAGAACAUCGACCCCGAGAAUGUGGAUCAAUUCGAAAUAGAAAACACUCUGAACCUGAACACCCCCUACGACUACAUCUCUGUCAUGCAGUAUGACAGGGACGCCUUCUCUGUGAAUGGUUUGCCCACCAUGGUGCCCAUCCCGGACCCUAGUGUUCAGUUUGGCGAAGCCACCCAGAUGAGCCGGAAUGACGUUAUCAGAGUGAACAGGCUGUACAACUGUUAAACAGUGAAAACAGUCCUGAAAACAUGAAGCCAAUUCAAAUAUCAAACCAGCUGUUUAGAAUUCUGAGGAUGUUUUCUGUCUCAACUGAAUCAACUUUACAUUUACAAUAAACUUUCACUGAUGCAUCA